CUCAGCCCCUAAAAAGACUGUAACUGUGGAUGUCCUACCUGCAAACAUGGGCAGAUGUGCUACAUUCCCAUCGUGGAGAACCUGAUUCUUUUUAAGAAGGAAGAGGUCAACCUUGGCUCUGAACAUCUGGCAUGGAUACAGUGCCUUGCCAAAGCAGCCGAUCAGCUUAGCUACUGACCAUGCUGACCCCUGGCUGGAACUGGACUGAAGCACAGACCGGCGAAUGGCUUGCUCUUAUAAAAUGUCUGAACAAAGCACACUUCCUGAGCACAUUUUACAGAAUACAUGUGAUCACCUGGUUUUGUCUAACCACUCUGGAUUAAAGACAGGCUUAAUAGAAGAGGAAAUGCAGCUGACUGCCGAGGACCAGGGGAAUAGAGUGCGCUGGGUGGCUCUGCUGAUUCUUGUGGUGAUAAUACCCACAGUCGGUGGGAACAUCCUUGUCAUUCUGGCUGUCUCUCUGGAGAAAAGGCUGCAAUAUGCCACCAACUACUUUCUAAUGUCCUUGGCAGUGGCUGACUUGCUGGUUGGAUUGUUUGUGAUGCCGACUGCCCUCUUGACAAUCAUGUUUGAGGCUAUAUGGCCCCUCCCACUGGUCUUGUGUCCUGCUUGGUUAUUCCUCGAUGUUCUCUUUUCAACUGCCUCCAUCAUGCAUCUCUGUGCUAUUUCAGUGGAUCGCUAUAUAGCCAUCAAGAAGCCAAUUCAGGCCAACCAGUGCAACUCCCGGGCUACUGUAUUUAUCAAGAUUACAGUGGUAUGGUUAAUUUCAAUAGGCAUUGCCAUCCCAAUCCCUAUUAAAGGGAUAGAGAAUGAUGUGAUUAAUCCAAACAACAUCACCUGCGAGCUGAAAAAGGACCGGUUUGGCAAUUUCAUGCUCUUUGGCUCACUGGCUGCUUUCUUUGCACCUCUUGCAAUCAUGAUAGUCACCUACUUUCUCACUAUUCACGCUUUACGAAAGAAAGCUUACUUGGUCAAAAACAAGCCACCUCAGCGCCUAACAUGGUGGACCGUGUCCACAGUCUUCCAAAAGGAGGAAUCAUCCUUUUCAUCGCCCGAAAAGGUGGCAAUGCUGGAUGGUGCUCACAGGGAUAAAAUUCUACCUAACUCCAGUGAUGAAACACUUAUGAGAAGAAUGUCCUCAGUUGGAAAGAAAUCAGUUCAAACCAUUUCUAACGAACAGAGGGCCUCAAAGGUCCUUGGAAUUGUGUUUUUUCUCUUUUUGCUUAUGUGGUGCCCCUUUUUUAUUACAAAUAUAACUUUAGCUUUGUGUGACUCCUGCAACCAGAGUACUCUUAAAACGCUCCUGGAGGUCUUUGUGUGGGUAGGCUACAUUUCCUCAGGGGUGAAUCCUUUGAUCUAUACGCUCUUCAAUAAGACAUUUCGGGAAGCAUUCGGCAGGUAUAUCACCUGUAAUUACCGGGCAACAAAGUCAGUGAAAGCACUUAGGAAAUGUUCCAGCACAAACUACUUUGGGAAUUCAAUGGUAGAAAACUCUAAAAUUUUCACCAAACAUGGAAUUCGAAAUGGGAUCAAUCCUGCCAUGUACCAGAGUCCAAUGAGGCUCCGAAGUUCAACCAUUCAGUCGUCAUCAAUCCUUCUCCUAGAUACACUUCUUUAUGAAAAUGAUGGUGACAAAACUGAAGAGCAAGUCAGCUACGUAUAGCAGAAUGGGCAGUCCUCAUCUAAAUCAAGUAAGGUGAUGAACAUGAUGCAA